ACGGUCCUUGUCUAAUGUAAUUCAAUGGUGGACAAAACCUCCCGACGGAGGCCGCGUAAUUUGUAAAUAUUAUAUCAUAACUUAAAAAAAAAAAAUCAUACAUAUAUAUUAUAUACGUUUGUAGUAUACAUUAUAUAGGUGUACAGAUAUUUCGUGUUGUAUAAUUUUGUAAAGUUUCGUUCGUUCGUUCGUGUGUGGCGUGUAUAUGUGUGUUUGUGUGUGUGGUGUAAGCGAAUGCUGAGUGCCGGCUGUGCGUUCCAGAGGUACUUUGUAUAAAUAACAAUAAUAAUAAUAAAUAACAAUAAUAAAAAUAGAUAAAAUUGAAACAAUUAGCCAUCACUUAAAUAAUAUUGCAAUUAAAAAACCGUCGGUUGUUUAAUAGCAGUGUAAACAAAUCAUCUCUCAGUUAUUGCUGAACAUUUUUCAUCGGUUCAAUUGGUUCUUCGUUCACCAUCGACCGGCUAUCGUUACAAAUUUCUUAAAAUUUCAAAUGAAGUGGUUAGGCGCAGGGAAUGUACCUGUUUCCAGCACAAAUAAUACAGUGUUGAAUAACAGUGGUAGUCAUUUGCAAGAGCAUCAACAACAGUUAAAUGAAAAUGAACCAAGUGGAGAUAAUGUAUUGCGACAAACUGUACAAGAAGAGCCAAUUGUCAAUUAUGUGUUUGAUUGUGCAUCAGGCGAAUCACAAGAAUAUGGAUUACAAUCUGCUCCAUUACCAUCUAAACUUCCACAGCCUAGAUGGCCAGCAACCUCAGAGGACUGUUUUUUAGAACAAAUGCAGGAGAAAUGGAAAUAUUUCUCUGCGAAAAUGUCUCAACCUCCACCUCAGAUAUCUGAAGUACCAAAUGUACAAUAUCAAUUACAACCAAUAUUAGUUAAAUCUGGAGAAGGUGGUGCUGAGCAGUAUGUUUAUGGAGCACCUCCAGGAUUACAUCCUUAUCAGCAGCAUAUGGCAGAUUUAGCAAACUCAUCAAUGGCACAUAAUUCAGCUCAUGCAAUUAUGUCAACACAACAACAACAUACUAUGGAUUUACAUAUGCGAAAUGGAGAAAUUGCAUCCUCAACAAAAAAGUUAUGGGGAGUUGAAGAAGGCAAAGAAGAUGGACCUAAAGGCAUACUUAAUUUAAAUGAUCAUCAUCACCAAAUGUGGAGAGAUUCUACUUGGAGUUCUAAUACAAGGAGAGGGGCUGGUUUUCCAGUGGGUAAUGAUGCUGGCAAUAUAUUAUCCCCAAGAUCAUCAGAGGCUGGAAUUGGUAUGAAGAUGGUUGAAUAUGUUUUAGCCAGUACACCAAAUAAAAUGGAGCCCCUAGAGCCUAGAAUGAGAAAUUUAGUUAUUAGUUCUAAUGAUGGUGAAACUAUAAAAAAAGAAAAAGAAAAACCCCCUGGUUCUCCCUAUGAUUCUGUAAAUAGUAAUAAAAAAGAAAUGGAAAAUGGAAAUUGUUCAACUGUUGUUCAACAAAAUGGGAUGGUAGUUGUUCAAAAUGGCUUAGAUGAAGAUAAAUAUAUCAAUCGUCAAGCAUCACCUUGUGAAGAGGAAAUCAACAAAAAUGCAAUGAAUGCAGUUUCAAGUAAUCAAGUAGCUAAUGCUAAUUCCAAUAACGUAGUGGUGAUUGACAGUUUGCAUGGUGCACUACACCAAGGGCAACUGAUGAAUCACCAUCACCAUGGAAUGACUAUGCCUUUACAUCAACAAUUUCAAGUACAAGGCGAUCCACAACAAUUGGAUCUCAAUUCAUACCAUGCCAACAAUGCUCAACAACAGCAAGGCGCUAUUGAUUCCCAGGGAAAUGUUAUGACUCCAUUUGAUAUACAGCAGCUGUUCCGCAACCAUCAAGCACAGCAGGCGGCCGCAGCAGCCGCGGCGGCAGCGAACCCGGCCGCAGCGGCCGCGGUAGCGGCCCAACAACUGCAGCUCAUCCAGCAGCAACAGCAGCAACAAUUUCACCUGCAGCAACAACAACAGCUGGCCGCGGCGGCCGCUGGACUGGCAGCUGCUGCGUCGGCGCCGACCGCGACGCCGGUCGCUGCCGCCGCGGCUGCGGCCACGUUCGCGCCGCCAGGCACGACGGCCACGACGCCGUACAUCAUCAACCCGCAAGAACCUUACAUGAUUGCCGGCUUUAUGGGCUCAGGUCCGACAGUGGUGCCGCAGUACUACGGCGUGCCGUGGGGCAUGUAUCCGGCGGGCAGCAUCAUACAGCCGGCCGGCGCCGCCGGUCAACCCGGCGCCACGGCCAACGGCACCAAUACGGCCCAGCAACAGCGCAGGCCGAUGAGCCCGUCGCAAGGUGACGGCACCCAGUACCAGGUCAUACCGGCGUUCUACGACCAAAACGGAUCGCUGGUAAUGACCCGCAACGGCGGUCAGCUCCGGCUCGUGUCGCCGGCAUCAGUCAUCGUCAACGCCCAACAAGGACUCCAACCACAGCCUCAGCAGGCGGUCGGUUCGGCAGCCAACAACUAUUCGACCAACUUGACCUCACUGACAUCCAGCCUUUCGUCGCUGGGGGUCAGCGCAGCAGGCGUACACGAUGUCAACGUCAGUCUUGGUCUAGGUUCCGGAAAUGCCGGCAGACGCGAUUCCUUUGACCGUAACACGUCCGCCUUUUCACCGUCCAUGGAUUACGCCCGUCAUAAAUGGCCGCAGUACAACACACUGGCGUCCCAAAGCCCUUUGGGUCUCGCCUCUGGAUCUCUAACUCCUCCACCAGCUAUGGGUUCCGCGUCCAAUUUACAGAUGGGCCUCAUGGGCUCAGCCAAUAACGCCAACAGAGGUCUGAUGAAUGCUGCGCCGGGUGCAGAAGCCAUGGCCAAGUUCAGAGCUAGUGAAUACGCUAUGGGUGGUUUAGCUGCUAACGGAGCCAUGUUUAACACGGCUGCAAAUCCGAACAAUACGAAUUCCUUGUUUAACAAAAUGGGUGGUGUUCGCGGCAGUGCUUCUUCGUUGGGUGGUUCCUCCAUAACGUUGGAUUCAAAACCGUCCGGCCGUAGCAGGCUCCUAGAAGACUUCAGGAACAAUCGUUACCCCAGUCUUCAACUACGAGACCUCACCAAUCAUAUUGUCGAGUUUUCCCAAGACCAACAUGGCUCCAGAUUUAUACAACAGAAGUUGGAGAGGGCUUCUACGCCUGAAAAGCAGCUGGUGUUCUCUGAGAUAUUGGCCGCUGCGUACAGUUUGAUGACCGACGUGUUUGGCAACUAUGUUAUUCAAAAGUUCUUUGAGUUCGGCACGCCUGAACAGAAAUCUACAUUGGCGCAAAAGGUACGUGGACAUGUAUUGCCAUUGGCAUUGCAAAUGUACGGCUGCAGGGUUAUUCAGAAGGCAUUGGAAAGCGUGGGUGGAGAACAACAAGUGGAAAUAGUACGUGAGUUAGACGGCCAUGUUCUUAAAUGUGUCAAAGACCAAAACGGUAAUCAUGUAGUCCAAAAGUGCAUAGAAUGCGUUGAUCCACAUGCUCUGCAAUUCAUCAUCAAUGCUUUCCAAGGACAAGUUUUAACAUUAUCAACACACCCUUACGGAUGUAGAGUCAUACAGCGUAUACUCGAACAUUGUACAUCUGAACAAACAGCACCGAUACUCGACGAAAUGCAUCAACACGUUGAACAAUUGAUUCAAGACCAAUAUGGAAACUAUGUGAUUCAACAUGUAUUAGAACACGGUAAACAAGAGGACAAAUCUAAAUUAAUAUGUUCUGUUCGUGGAAAAGUUUUGACACUGUCCCAGCACAAGUUUGCAUCGAAUGUUGUGGAAAAAUGUGUAACACAUGCUACACGCAGUGAACGUUCUAUGCUUAUAGAAGAGGUUUGCGGUUUCAAUGACAACGCUUUACAUGUAAUGAUGAAAGAUCAAUAUGCCAAUUAUGUAGUGCAAAAAAUGUUAGAUGUAUGCGAAUCUUCUCAACGUAAAGUGCUCAUGCACAAAAUCCGUCCUCAUUUUGCAUCACUGCGCAAGUACACAUACGGCAAACACAUUAUUUCGAAAUUGGAAAAGUACUUCAUGAAGAGCAAUCAACAAUCAGUACCUGUAUCUGAAUUGGGACCUAUUGGACCACCAACAAAUGGAGUGCUUUAAACAGUUCUAUAUUUUCUACUACAAUUUUUUUUUAUUAUUAUUAUUAUUAUUAUUGUAUCCCUUAAUUAGUAUUUUGAAUCCAAAUUAA